AUGCAGCGCUUGUUGGAGCAUUGGACGCAGUACAUGGAGCUGCAGCACCCCGAUGUCGCAAUCGACAUCUCUCGUCUUGAGUAUGCUUGUGCCGCCGAGGACGCUCACGGCCCAGAAUCUGGCACGCCACCUGGGGCAAUCCAGGACAUGAUGUGCUUUGAGGUCCAGCGCCUCCCUCCCGCUAGCUCCACGACUUCCCUUGGGCUGGCUGAAGACCUUCGUCAGCUUAAAUUUGGAGCUACUUGUACCAUCAACAUCACGGUCACGACGAUGGCAAGCAAGACCUUCGGCCUCAAGAUCUCUCGCGCCGCGACAGUCAUGGACCUGAAGAGCUUCAUCCAAGACCACGAAGGUAUCCCUCUCUACCAGCAGAGUUCUACCCUCGUCUCUCCCUCACGACACACGAUGAAUACCAUCUCUCAACGUCCCAGCAGCACGGCCUACAAGGCACCAGACUCGAUCGAGCCUCUGGGCGGCGCUCCGUUGAAGUUAAUUAAGGUCCAAGUUGAAGGUGUCGAGGGCAACACCGUCACUUUCGACGUCAAGUCGCACACCACAAUCGAUGGCCUCAGUCGCCACUGGGCUCAGUACAUGGAGCUUGAGCAGCCCGACGUAGCGAUUGAUCUUUCCCGUAUCAAGGUUUACCUCCCCGAGAACGAUCGUCUGCCCAGAGAUACGCUCGUCAGCGAUUUGCCGGUGAAGAAAAGGCUCAAGACCGAGGAAGGGACUCAGGACGUGGUCUGCCUGAAGAUAGAGCGCCUCUCGCCGAAGUUCUCCAGGACGUUCUUAGGCUUUGAAAUUAACCAUGUUCGUUACGAAAAGCCCGGAGCGGUUCACACUAUCAACUUCAGCAUCAUGACUUUGACUGGUGCAGCGAUCCGCUUCAAAGCUGCCCGCACUGCACUCAUCGAGGAGAUGAAGAGCUUUAUCCAGGACAAGGAAGGCAUCCCCCCCGACCAGCAGAGGUCCGCAGGAACAGCCGAUCACUUGUCCAGUCAUCCCAUGGCUCGAGUUGACCUCAACUCAUCCAUCCAUAACUCUACAUCCGACACUCUCGCCCCCUUCGCUACAAUGAGUGCUCCGGGCAGCAACUACUCUGCUUUCUCACCAGGGGAUGACCCUAUAAUCACCUCUGACAACAUCAGCAAGUCCAAAUUCCAGAUCGAGGGUGAAGGUGACGGAAACAAGAUCACACUCGAAGUCAAUCCACACACCACGGUCAGGCGCCUGCGCGAGUACUGGGCCCAGCAUCUGGAAUGGCAAGACCCCGACGUUGCCAUUGACAUCAGCCGCAUCUAUCUGACUGUCCCGGAGGAGCUCCCGCCCUCCUUGGAGCAGUCGGUUCGGUCCCUCCCGGUCUUCAAGAAGUGCAAGCUGCCUAACGGUCAGGCUCAAAAGCUCGUGUGCUUGAUCGCUGGCCGCUUGGCUCCUGCGAGCACCACCACUGCCCAUGGUUUCGCAGCCAAACUGAAGUUUGUGAAGAAGAGCGCCACACCGAUUCUCACCAUACACGUGCACACGUUGACAGGAAGGACGUUCACCUUUCCGGUCAGGCGCAGCGCUACCACUUUGGACAUCAAGGAUCGUAUCCAAGACCGAGACGGCGUACCUCCUGACCAGCAGAGAAGAAGCAGACCUUUACCAGGUUCUCAGGCUUCGCGGUUGUUGAGAUCUCACUUCGCUCCAGCCCAUGCCAACGUGUAUAAAGCUUUAGGAACAAUGCCGGUAUUAGAGAAGUUUCAUGCAGAAGUCGCUGUUCAGUCCUUCUUACCUCUGAGCCUAACUCUCGCGUCUGCCCCAAGUCAGUCAGACGACCUGGGAUUCUCUCAAGUUCGCUCCAUACACAUCAUGGUACAUCGCGAGCGGUCGGCGAGGCCGUCCCGAGGUGCGGUAGCGCACGUCAGUGGCCCCGCAGACCGUGCCGCACUUAUACAUGACGUGCAGGGCGACCUGAAGCUUUACGCAAUCCUCGGUGCACUGCGAAACGGGCAGUUCCCCGACAACAAACAGCUGGAUGCCCUCCUGGGAUACAUGGCAAAGCGCUGUCCGCCAAGGGAGCUACACGUCAAGCUCUCACCUGACACCGAGGAGCUGUUCGAAGCCAUCCGCGACCUGCUCGUGACACUGCGACUAGUCCUGCGCGAGAAGAAUGCCGACGAGAUCAUACAGGACACGAUGUGGAUGACCUGGAAGGAGUCACGAGAUGUCGACGGCUCGGCGGCUCGGCACAUCCGCACGCUGACCAUGCUCUUCGUCACAAGCCCAGAGGUCCGAGCGCUGCUGACCGAGAUCCUCGUCGUCGGUCGUUCGAUCCUGAAGGAGAAGCGGUCAAAGGAGCGUAAGUUCGUGAUUCCUGUGCCAGACAAGGAGAGCCAGCCCGUCGAGGACCGAAUACCAGGCGCGUAUGUCCCAGAAGACUCAGACUCGGACGACGACAGCUUUGAGGAUGCCGUCGACGCCGUCGAUCCGCGGCUACUGAAGCUGGUCACCUUGUUCAAGAAGGCUGUUCUGCAGUUGUCGGACGGAUAUCUUGAGGCUAUGUCGUGGCUGCUCGACACGUUUCAGUACUACGAGCGCGAAGCGGCAGAGAACCCCGACAACUCGCCCUUUCUAAACAGCACCCGAGAAUUGCUCAGCCGUGUUAUCCAGAUCAUGGAGCGAUUCGCCAAUGGACGCUCGUUAUCGGGUGUGCAAGGUUCAAUACAGCAACUGUACCGCAAAUUUCUGUACGACCCGGACUUCGGAGUGCUGGGCACCGACACAGACGCCUACCUGCGACGAGUGCUCCUGGAGCGCGGGUUCUUGCAGCACGAGAACUGCGUUCCUCAGGCGGAGGAGCUUUGGGACCGCUGGAAUCAGUGGUUCGCGGACGAGCUCAACCGAGCACAGUGGAACGUCUUCUUUGUCGCGGUGUCGACCUGGCUCGGCGUCAAGGACGACGAUCCGGAGCCAGAGGUGUGGUUCCCCGAUGACCCAGUGACAAGCAAGCUCGAGACCGACCUGCGGCGUGUUGCGGUACUGCUGCUGGGGAAGAAACGGGUCGUGUGGUCCGACAUCUGCCGCCUGAUCUUCCCCUCGGUAUGCGGAUGGGGAUAUGUGACGAUACCCCGAUUCGAGGUCUGCUCACCGAAAGUUGAGCUUGUGCUGGAGAACAUCCACCUGUCACUCGCAAACAUCAUUCCCACCUUGACCACCUACAAGUCGCAAGACAUUUUCAAGUUCACGCCCUUCGACGAGCUUGACGACUACUGCGCUAGCAAGAACCGGAAGCGCGUGCAGCUGCGCCUCGACCAGAUACAGGCCGAUGCGAAGGACCUGCUCGCCAGCGUGCGAGUCAAGCGCUUCUCGCUGUUCGAGCAAGGCAAGGCAGACGUUACCCUCUCGCGCAACGGCAUCAUUGUUGAGAUUGAUGUCGAAAUCAACUUUGAUCCUGCUGCUGAACGCGUGCUCGAGAUACACGAGGCAAAGGUCUCUGUCGACGAGAUGCGCAUCGUUGCGCGCGGGACGGGACGCGACUACCUCUUCCGCCUCCUGCUCCCCGUAGCGAUGCCGUUCCUCAAGGGCCUCAUCUCGACCAAGCUCACACGGAAGCUGAACCAGCUUCUCGAGCGCAUCAACCGCGAAGCCGUCAUCAUUCGCGACCGCACGCAAUCCGAGGAUGCCGACGUUAAGGGCGCCGCCAUCCGCGUCAUGUCCCGGCGCUGGGACGAGGUCAAGAAGGAAUCGCUCGCGUACAAGGAGUACAUGGCCACGGUGGAGGACAGCAUCCGCGCGGGCAAGGAGACGCCGACAGACGAACAGCGCAAGUGGCGACCUGUCCUUAAGAGGGCCAAGAUCAGCUCGCGCAUCGAGGACGCACUCCGGCCCGACGUCAGCGCGUUCCCGGAAGAGAGCCUGCUGUACCGCCGCGCAAAGGAGGAGAAGCUCGCCCGAGAGGCGGGUGACAAGGAGCCGACGUGGCGCUCGCCAGUGUUCUCCUUCUCGUGGGCCAAGGUGCCCACCGGACGACGAAAUAGAAAUAGACCCAGUGUUGUAGAACAAUCUCGUACUUCUACCCAGCAGCAACUGUAG